AUGUCUCGCUCUCGCUCCAACUCCUCAACCUCCAACCUCUCCAGCAAGGAGCUUCCUGCCGACAGUAUGGCGAUCCAGGUCUCCAUCAACGGUGGCAAGACCAUAAAACUGAACGUCCGACCUGUUCACACCAUCUCCAAUGUCCUUGAAUUCCUCUCAGCCUCUACAAACCUGCCUACAGACAGCCAGCUUAUGCUAGACGGCAAACCUCUCGAACCAUCCACCACCGUUGCAGACCUCAAGUUAGACGAGUCGUCGACCCUACAGCUCUCAUCUCCCUCACGGAGCACAACUCCUACACAACCCGCGCCAGCAACCGACGUGGUCACGCAAAAGCCAUCGACCUCAGGUACUUCGACCCCCACAACAUCCGGAACUGCAACCCCGACCAAGAAGAAGUCCAACCGACCUCGAUGUUCAAAGGACGGAUGCAAAGCACCUGCUCAGCCUAUUGUCGGAGACUGCGGUUUCUGCCAAAAGCGCUUCUGUGGCAAACACCGCAUGCUGGAGUCUCAUAACUGCGAAGGACUCGAAGACGCUCGACGCGCAGACAAGGAUAGGAAUGCGGCCAAGUUGGAGGGCGAGCGUACUGUCAUGCUUCGCGGCUUAUAA